CUCGUAUGCCGGCCAUCAGAUCGAGUCAAAAGAAAAUAUACAUAAUUUCCAAGGCACAGAGGCCAUGGUCUGUGGUCGUGUCCGAGUCCGAGUCCGAGUCGCUAGAACAUCCAUAUCGCCAUGGUGAUCAAGAAGUAUGAACUCGAGGCCGCAUUGCAUGCUGAGAAGCAGCAAAUCUCCAGCGGCCAGUUGAAAGAGGACAAUCCACUUGAUACGAGCGAUGAGUUCCGUAUCUUUUGUGAGGCUUGCAGAAGGGGUGACUUGAAGGUGUGCCAGGAGCAGAUCUCUGCUGGUGUCAACAUCAACGCGAGAGACAGAUAUGAUUACACUCCGCUCAUCUUGGCCAGCUUGUGUGGUCACUACGAGGUUUGCCAACACCUGCUCGAAUCCGGAGCCCUUUGUGAGCGUGAUACCUUCCAAGGUGAACGUUGUCUGUAUAAUGCUCUGAAUGAUCGCAUUCGCAACUUGCUGCUGCAGUACGACUUCUCCAAGUCGACCGACCCUCUGCAGCCACUUGCUGCCCAUACCACUUCACUACUCUCGAGACCGGAUCCGAAGACGGCUGACAUUACUGUCACGACUUACGACCAGGAGUUCGCUUUGCACAAGUUCAUUCUUGCUGCUCGCUCGCCCUACUUCGCCGAGAAGCUCGCCCAACAACCAGAUACUGCGUCGUGGAAGCUGCCACCGAAAAUACCCUCGCAAUCCUUCAACUCGGUUGUCCGCUAUCUGUACUUGGGUGAAGCCUCAGCUGAGCUGAGUGAGGAUGAGGAAGAGCAAAAGGCAAUCCUGGCUGGCAUCGACAAGCUAGGCAAGCAACUAGAGGUUCCUACUCUCUUCGAAAGCAUCAUCGAUGCUGGAGACAGAAGAUUGGCAAGACAGCGUAGGACAGAAGAGAUGGCUCGUGGUCGAGACCAGUUCGCGACUUGGUUCCGAGCGAACGUGUUGCGACACAAGGUUCACACCGACACUGAGAAAGCCGACAAGGUCAAAUGGGACAAGAACAAUGCCAUCUUCGCUGAUGUCUUGCUCAGAGCCGAUGAGCCUGAAGAUGAGGAGAAAGAUGACAUCCCGUCGACUCAAAAACAGGUUCGUGGUACUGAAGGACCCUUGAAUGGUAUUCCCAUCGGAAGUUUCUCCUCAGAACAGGCAAAGGCGCCGGCCGCUCUGCGCAAGUCUGUCCUCUUUCCUGUACACCGCGCCAUGUUGCUGCGAUCCGAGUUCUUCAGUGCCAUGUUCUCGUCGAGUUUCCGAGAGGCACAAGACUCGCCACACCUACACAUCAUCCCUAUCGACUGUUCGCCCCAAGUCCUGGAGAUUGUCUUGACUUAUCUCUACACUGAAAAAGCCGACUUUUCGUUAGAGAUAGCUGUCGAUGUUCUUUUCGCUGCUGAUCUCUUGUUCAUCGAGAAGCUGAAACAACGGGCUGCCAUUAUCAUAUCCACCUUGGGUAACGGCGGUGCUUCUGUCGUUGAAUCCGAGAAUCCACGAGGCGAGACUGCUAUUGAGGACGUAGUAGACAUCUACGAUGUUAUUCGCGCCGGCUGGGACACCCGCGUCCACCGCCUUGAAGAGUUCGGUGCUCGAUACAUCGCCUACAGAUUAGAACGUUUUAUCGAUGAUCCAGAGUUUGCAGAGCUGGUCAAGGAGAGUGCUAUGAGAAUUCAGGGACGUCAGGAAACUGAUACAGUCGAACUCAUCGACGAUAUUCGAUACUAUCUAUCCGAUCGAUUCCGUUUGAGAAUGGAAGAUUCUGGCAUUGAGCAGAUGACUGAUGAGACUUUGGAUCCCUCUCAGUUGCCGGGCAAGGACGUCUUCGACCCAAGCGAAGUCAUGUUCGCGGAGGAUGACGGCGUUGAUGUCCACUCGGGUACAGCAUUACAAGACUCUCAUGACCAUGACAAUCUUGUUAUUCGUACGUUGGAUGGUGAGAUUGCUGGUGACGAGUUUGCGCAGGAUGCCAUUAAUUACCAAAUUCUUCUUGGUAAGAUAGAUAACUUGCUGGACACUCUGACGUUAGACGCGUAAAUAUGGACGCCUAAAAUAAACAACGUAGACAAUGGUUAUAUCGUGUCAAUUACAACAC